AUGGGCCCGCAACCAAUCGAUAGACUUGAGUUGCCCUCUGGCACGACGCAUCGACCGUACUCGCUAGCACAACUCUCUGGCGAAAUAAUCCACGUCCCUUUGUCAAAAUCGAUUGUCCGUCUUCUAGUCACUGGAGAAGAAACCGAUAAGGCGUUUGCAGUUGUAGCUCUCGCUGGUAGCGGCAGUGAUCCCAUUGGGUUCCAUUGCCAUCGGGAAGCUCAUGAUACAUUCUUAUGUCUCAGAGGCUCUGUCAACAUUUGGGCAGGAGACAAAUGCAGAACUCUGGGGCCAGGAGAUUACGGAAGUGUUCCUCCAAACACAAUUCACCAGUACCAAGUUCUUGGGGAUCACUCCGAGUUCACUGGUUUGAUUUUCCCUGGCGGAUGGGAAGAAUUCUUCAGAGAUCUCGGAGAACCCUGGUCGGGACCUGUCUUCCCCUACACGGACGAUCGAAACCCACUUGAUGUCCUUGUACCAAAGCUUCAGUGGGCACACGGGAAUCACGAUGUGGUUCUGGUGCCAGAACAUCCUUUUAUUGAACCCCGACCAUGGCCCGAAAAUGAGGAUGAUAGUCUACCUGGCACCUUGGAACCUUACUUCCUGAAGAAUGAUAGGGGCACCAAGUACCUCGUGGGAGGGCUCAUCAUGAAGCCGUUGGGUACCACGGCUGAGUCUGCAGGAAAGUUCUCUAUCGCGAGCAUAGGAGGUUCAUCUUACCACAAAGGCGGCAUCUUCGAUUCUACUUUCAUCAAGUUUCAGGGAGUUCAUCAUUGCUUCUAUGUCACUGACGGCCUCGUAGAGGUAGAAGUUCGGGGUGCUGUAAAUGGGAUAUCACAACUCUCCGCCGGCGAGUCAGUCUUCAUACCUGCGGGUCUCGAGUUUCGGUUCCGGUUCACAAGCAAGUUCCCACAAUUUUAUGUCUUCUGCAAUGCAGGUGGCCUGGUUGAGUUGCUCCGGGACGUUGGCAGAGAGUUUGCCGAACCUGUACCUCCGAAGACGGCUGAAGCUUGGGAUGAGGCGAAGCUGAAGAGUCAGGACCUUCAAAAAUCACUCGACUACUCGUUACAUAAUUGA